AAAGGGAAUAUAACGGAUCACCCCUGUCACUACGUGAGUCAAAAUGGCGACGACCAUCGGUGAACAUUCGCCGGGCGACGAACUUUUCAACGCUUUUAAGUACAUGAUCCUGUUCUCCCUGUGUUUUGCCUUCUUCUCGUGGAGGAACAUCGUGAAGAAGGGCCGUCCCCCGUGUAUGGACGGCUGGAUACCGUGGUUCGGCUGCGCUAUCGACUUCGGAAAGGCCCCUCUAGACUUCAUCGAAGAGACAAGGCGGAAGUUGGGUCCAGUGUUCACCAUAGUUGCUGCUGGAAGAUGGAUGACGUUUGUAACAGAACCAGAGGACAUCACCACCUUCUUCCAGUCACCCAACCUGGACUUCCAGAAAGCAGUACAGGACCCAGUCUCACACACAGCCUCGGUGAGCACAGAGUCGUUCUUUCAGUACCACACGAAAAUCCACGACACGAUAAAGGGUCGCCUGGCCCCCGCCAACCUGCACAACUUCUGCUCCGACCUGUGGGGGGAGUUCAAGCAACAGUUGGAACAGCUGGAGCAUCAUGGGAAGGAUGACCUCAACAAAUUAGUCAGGAGGUGCAUGUUUGCUGCAGUUGUCAAUAACCUGUUUGGUGCAGAAAACGUGCCCACAGACAAGGACAGAGUGCAGGAAUUCUCUGACACUUUUGUCAAGUACGACGCUGACUUUGAGUAUGGGUCACAGCUGCCACCAUUUUUCUUAAGGGAAUGGGCAGAGUCUAAAAAGUGGCUGUUGUCACUUUUUUCAAGAUCAAUAGCUAACAUGGAGAGAAAAGAAACGGAAUCACAAACCUUGCUGCAAUCUUUGACCAAAAUGGUGGACAGACCACAUGCACCCAACUAUGCACUUCUGAUGCUCUGGGCCUCACAGGCCAACGCUGUACCUAUGAGUUUCUGGGUGUUGGCCAUGAUCCUGUCCAAUGAAGAUGUCCAUGCUGCUGUCAAGAAGGAAGUGCAGGACCAUCUUGGACCACCAGGGGACGAACCAAUCACAGAGGAGGAUCUGAAGAAACUGCCCCUCCUGAAACGCUGCAUCAUGGAGGCUAUCCGCCUGAGGUCACCUGGGGUCAUCACCAGGGCCGUGGACAAGCCUCUCAAGAUCAGGAAAUACAUCGUACCUAAGGGACAUCUCCUCAUGAUGUCACCCUACUGGGCUCAUCGCAAUCCUAACUUCUUCCCUGAACCGGACAAGUUCCUUCCUGACCGCUGGCUUGAUGCUGACCUGGAGAAGAAUUUGUUCCUGGACGGGUUCGUUGGCUUUGGAGGUGGGAGAUACCAAUGUCCUGGCAGGUGGUUUGCCUUGAUGGAAAUACAGAUGCUUCUGGCCAUGAUGAUCCAGAUGUUUGACUUCAAGCUGCUCGGAGAAGUUCCUAAAGAGAGCCCCCUGCACGUUGUUGGCACCCAGCAGCCAGUAGGACCCUGUCCCGUGGAGUGGACCAAGAUAUGAGGACCCAACAGAACUCACAACAGACUCCAACAGGCCAGUUGUUCUGUGUAGUAAGAUCCUGUCUUUGGCAGAUGUCAUGUUGUGUAAAGCCUGUCACACAUUCAGGACCUUCCCCAUUUGUUUA